AGUCGCAUUGAAAGAGAGAAACCACGUGGUCACCAAUAAAUAUCAACUCCUCCUCCAACCUUCGAUCUUUGUGUUUUAUGCCAGCUCCACCAAUCAGAUAUCCUCAUCCCAAUUUGACCGGAAACCGCCAUGACUCGGUUGGCUAGCGCCGUCGUCCUGUUGUUCCUUGUCUCCCUCUCCGGUUUCGCUGCCGGUAGCCGGGACCUGAUCGGAGACGUUUUACGGUUACCUUCUGAAGCUUCUAGAUUCUUCGGCAGAGGCGAUGACGGCCCUGAUGAGCAAGACGACGGCACCGUGGGGACCAGAUGGGCUGUUUUGAUCGCUGGCUCAAAUGGAUACUGGAAUUACAGGCAUCAGGCUGAUAUUUGCCAUGCCUAUCAACUACUGAAGAAAGGUGGGCUGAAAGAUGAAAACAUUGUUGUAUUCAUGUAUGAUGAUAUCGCUUAUAACGAAGAGAACCCUAGGCCUGGAGUCAUCAUUAACAGCCCACAUGGUGAUGACGUUUACAAAGGAGUCCCAAAGGAUUACACCGGCGAUGAUGUUACUGUUAACAACUUUUUUGCUGCUAUCCUUGGAAAUAAAACUGCUCUUACAGGGGGUACUGGGAAGGUUGUGGACAGCGGUCCAGACGAUCAUAUUUUCAUUUACUAUUCUGAUCAUGGUGGUCCUGGAGUUCUUGGGAUGCCUACCAGUCCAUAUAUUUAUGCUAACGAUCUAAUAGAAGUCCUGAAGAAGAAGCACGCAGCAGGAACCUAUAAAAGCUUGGUAUUUUAUCUUGAAGCUUGUGAAUCCGGAAGUAUCUUUGAGGGACUUCUUCCUGAAGGUUUGAAUAUCUUUGCAACUACGGCAUCAAAUGCAGAAGAGAGCAGUUGGGGGACUUACUGCCCAGGAGAAUAUCCUAGUCCUCCCCUGGAGUAUGAAACCUGCUUGGGUGACUUGUAUAGCGUUGCUUGGAUGGAAGACAGUGAUGUACACAACUUGAGGUCGGAAACUUUGCACCAACAGUAUGAACUGGUUAAAACGAGGACAGCAAAUGACAAUUCUGGCUUUGGUUCUCAUGUCAUGCAAUAUGGCGAUGUAGGGCUCAGCAAGGACAACCUCUUUGUGUAUAUGGGGACAAAUCCUGCAAAUGAUAACUACACUUUUCUGGGCGAGAACUCCUUGAGGCCAUCUACAAAAGCUGUCAACCAGCGGGAUGCUGAUCUUGUCCAUUUCUGGCAUAAGUACCGCAAAGCUCCUGAAGGCUCACCAAGGAAAAUUCAAGCUCAAAAAGAUUUUGUUGAAGCAAUGUCUCAUAGAAUGCAUAUGGAUCAAACCAUGAAACUUAUCGGGAAACUCCUGUUUGGAAUCAAGAAAGGUCCAGAAGUGCUCAACACUGUUCGACCUGCUGGGCAGCCACUUGUUGAUGACUGGGACUGCCUUAAGACAAUGGUGAGGAGUUUUGAGACAUAUUGUGGAUCCCUAUCUCAAUACGGGAUGAAACACAUGCGGUCCCUGGCAAACAUCUGCAACGCUGGAAUGACAAAGGAGCAGAUGGCUGAGGCUUCAGCACAAGCCUGCGUGAGCGUUCCUUCUAGCCGUUGGAGCUCCCUGCACCGGGGGUUCAGUGCAUGAUUUCAAGAAUAAAAAAAAUGUGGGAUUUGAAUAACCAAUCCGUGGUCAUCUCUACAUGCAAAACAUAUCUUAGGAAAGCAUUUCGAUGAUUGUUAAUGUUAUUCUGAUUGCUUCAGUGUAACCUUGUGUAAAUACAACUCAAGCCCCUGUACUGUAAUGCACGUACGUACUGAAUCUUGUAAGUAAAUAUUAGCAUGUUUGUUGCGUAUGAAUACGUACCUGUUUGCUGCAGCCGGUGUACACAUCAGGCUUUGGUUAUAUAAAACUUCGCAAUUACGAUA